CAGGACCCCAACUCGGAUUAAUAUCAAAUCCUCCCCGUUGGAUGGACUCAGUAAGAAGAGCGGUGGAGUGUGAUUAUAAAAGGAUAAGGAAGUUGCUGUUGAGUCUCCCACAUCGAGUAGAGUGCGUCGACCUGCGAGUCAAUAAUUGAGCAAUUAUUUUUACAAGUUUUUUUAAGAAAGGAGAAAAAUGGCUACCUCAAUGGUCUCAACCACCGCCCCCACCGUCGGCCGCCGCUCGGCUUCGGCUCAGCCCGCCGUCUUGUCUCCCUUCCUCGGCUUCAGAUCUACCGGCGCUUUUCCCGGCGCCCCCAAGACUUUCGACAUCACCAGCAUCACUAGCAACGGAGGCAGAGUCAAGUGCAUGAAGGUGUGGCCGACGGUUGACUUGAAGAAGUUCGAGACAUUGUCUUACCUUCCUCCCCUCACCACGGAGCAACUCAUCAAGCAAAUUGAGUACCUUCUCAAAGAAAAGCUCAUUCCUUGCCUUGAAUUCGAGCUGCAGCACGGAUUCCCGUACCGUGAGAACAACAGGUCUCCGGGGUACUAUGAUGGGAGGUACUGGACAAUGUGGAAGCUGCCCAUGUUCGGCUGCACAGAUGCAAUUCAGGUUGUGAACGAGCUGAAUGAGGCAGUCAGGGCUCACCCAGACGGCUUCAUAAGGAUCAUUGGCUUCAACAAUGUGCGCCAAGUCCAAGUCAUCAGUUUCAUUGCCUACAAGCCCCCGGGAUACUAGGAAGCUUUAACUUCCGAUCUCUUAUAUAUGUCCUUGAUAUAUCUCAAUAUUCGUCGAUUUUAAUGCUUUUGUUCUGUUUCUGUUGAUUUUUCGCAAUUUGUUUUUCAUAUUAUUUCGUCGAAAUGAAUUGGAGCUUAUGAGGAUAAGUACAAUAAACACCUCUUUUUUCGUCGUUAACUAGUAAAGUGUACGUUCGAACAUGCAUG